GUGGACUGCUUAACUCCAAGCAAAUUUAUUUUCUGUUAAAAAAAAAUGGCAAGCUUACAUAGCUUCAACCAACCUGUUGUUUGUAAAGGGAUCACCGCUCCAGGUAUGCUCUCUGUGUUACUGAUACAACUGCUGUUAUGGAGUUUGUGGAGUACCGAAACCUUCGCAAUAUUUAGCUUGAUAGCUAGCCCACCUUUUACAAUGGAGUCACUCAAUGCUACUGAAACUGAGGAGCCCAAACAAGCAUUUACUGUUCCUCUUGAUCUGGACCUUGAGACAACUGAAACUGAUCCAGUCACAGAUGGUGGGAUUCAAACCAGUUCCCAGAUUGCUAUAACAUCAACAGUAACCCCUGCUUUAGACAAUGUGACAGAUGGAGUGGAAAAUAAAAUAAAACAACGAGAACUAACUACAAGAAGUAAUGAGCACAGGCAACCAAUUAGUUGGAAUGCAUUCAACAUGAACAUCACUGAAAAUUCUCUCCAUGCAGUAGACAGCGCUCCCAAAGACAUCGGGAACAAUAGCACCCUACUCCUGAUACAAGACACUAACAAUGAACAACCAGAUCCUUUCUUGGUAAUACCAAUGGAAAACACUACUGAAGAAAAACAGUGCAUCUGUAAUAUUCCUGGACCCACAGGACAAAAGGGAGACAAAGGUGACAGUGGAGAGCCAGGAGAACUUGGACCCCAGGGGUUAGAAGGUAUAAUAGGAGACAAUGGACCAAAAGGAGAUACAGGAAGUAAAGGUGAUAAAGGUGAAAUGGGUUCUCCUGGAGUUAAGGGUGAACCAGGAGAAACGUGUGCCCUUUGUGAAAUAGGUAAUAUAGUGGAUCAGGGAAUUCCAGGUAAUGAUGGAGCCAUAAGAUUACAAGGUGAUAAAGGUGAGCCAGGAGAGAAAGGUAGAAAAGGACAAAUGGGACCUAAGGGAAGCCCUGGUGAAAAAGGUAACAUAGGUACAAAUGGGAUACCAGGAAUUCCAGGAGAAACUGGGCUUCAAGGACUUAUGGGUCAAAGGGGUCUUACUGGAUCAAAAGGUGAUCGAGGAAUGCCUGGACCUAUUGGACCACAAGGGUACCGUGGACCAGCUGGAGUUCCUGGAAAAAAGGGAGAAAAAGGACAAAGAGGAUCACAAAAUGAGCUUGAUAAUAUUGCAUUUUCAGUAGCCUUCAGAGGAAAUAGGAAUUCCAUAUCACCAGGACAGCCAAUUAGAUUUGAUAAAGUUUUUGUGAACGAUAAUAAACCAUACAGUGUAAACUCAGGCAUGUUUGUGGCCUCUGUUGAAGGUGUCUACUUUUUCUCUUAUCACUUAAGCCCAUUACACCCUCCUCUAGUUGCUGGCUUAGUUCACAAUGGAAGAAUCGUUUUACAGACACAAGCCAGGCAAUCUGAGCGCAAUGCAUGUCAAGUCUCGGGAUCAGUCCUGCUCCAUCUUCGUGAGGAUGAUGAGGUUUGGCUUCAGGUUCUGAGCAUCGGGCAGAAUGAAUUUAUUUUUGAUGAAACAGACUCCCUCUUCUCUGGAUUUAUACUGUAUUCACUCGAAGAUUAGAGAUGUCAUUUCAGAUGGACAAUUUUGUGCAUUAACAUUUUUCAUAUCCCACUUAUUUAAUAAUGGAGGCCUAAGUGGCCAUUUUGUACAAAUCUCUUACCAAUGUUAAUAGAAACACUCUUGAAUAGAAUUAAGAUAUUCACUAUAUAUAGCUACAGGAAGACUUCUUGUUAAGUAUUAUUGAUAGCAGCUGAGUAAAUAUAAGGUUAUAUUGAGCAUUUACAGUGACUUGUCCUUCAAAAUGGCAUGAUUGAUUUUUUCAGCAUUUCUUUGAACUAGCAUUGCAAAAAUACAAUAAACGUAUCAUGUUUAUAGUAUGAUUUAAAUGGUAUGUACAUAAAUGAUCAAAUAUUUACAGAUGCAAGAUCUGCUUAGAACCCGGAGUCCUAAACUAUACUAAAUAUAUUAAACUAUACAAAAAUGAA